GCAGCGCGGCGACACCUCGGAGAGUCUGGGUGUGGACGCCCCUGGCUCCUCCCACACGUCCAGUCGCAACGGGGAGCUGCGGAUCCUGAGCGUCUACGGAAAAGGGGAGGGCCCACUGGCGGUGGACGUCCAUGACACCCUCUUCACCACGUCAGAACCGGAGGCCUUGAGCUCGCUGUCCGUGGACUGCAGCGUGGCCAAGAGCCUGAACUGCAGCGUGCGGUUGGUCCGCCUUGAGGAGCUGGCCGGGCAUCGGGGCGGCCGCAAGGGCCGGCCCGGUGUCUUGUGUGGCAAGGUUUUUUCCAAUAAUGACAAUAUGGUCGUUCACAUGAGGACAAAACCCCGCGAGAAGCCGUACGGGUGCGACCAAUGCACGAAGCGCUUCAGUGGGAAAGUACACUUGGAGAUCCACAUGAGGACUCACACCGGAGAGAAGCCCUACAAGUGUGACCAAUGCGCAAAGUGCUUCAGUCAAAGUGGACACCUGAAGAGACACUUGAGGACUCACACCGGCGAGAAACCCUACAAGUGCGACCAAUGCAUGAAGCUCUUCAGUCUGAAAUGUCACUUGAAGAGCCACAUGUGGACUCACACCGGGGAGAAACCCUACAAGUGCGACCAAUGCAUGAAGCUCUUCAUAUCGAAAUCGCACUUGAAGAGCCACAUGUGGACUCACACCGGGGAGAAGCCCUGCAAGUGUGACCAAUGUACGAAGCUCUUCAUUCGGAAAGACCAGCUGAAGAUCCACAUGAGGACUCACACCGGGGAGAAGCCCUUCAAGUGUGACCAAUGCGCAAAGCGCUUCAGACAGAUAGGCAGCCUGAAGAGACACAUGAGGACUCACACCGGCGAGAAACCCUACAAGUGCGACCAAUGCAUGAAGCUCUUCAGUCUGAACUGUCACUUGAAGAUCCACAUGAGGACUCACACCGGGGAGAAGCCCUACAGGUGCGACCAAUGCGCAAUGCGCUUCUUAACGACAAGCCACCUUAAGACCCACAUGUGGACUCACACCGGGGAGAAGCCCUACAAGUGCGACCAAUGUACGAAGCUCUUCAUUCGGAAAGACAAGCUGGAGAUCCACAUGAGGACUCACACCGGGGAGAAGCCUUACAAGUGUGACCAAUGUACGAAGCUCUUCAGACAGAGAGGCAGCCUGAAGAGACACAUGAGGACUCACACCCGCGAGAAGCCCUACAAGUGUGACCAAUGCACGGAGCGCUUCAUUUAUAAAGCCUGCCUGAAGAGCCACAUGAAGACUCACACCGGAGAGAAGCCCGACAGGUCUGAACAAAUGCACGAAGCUCUUCAGUCAGAAAAGGCACCUGGAGGACCACAUGUGUUAUGUAUUUUAAGCACGUAAGCUGCCCCCACAUAGCCACUAGGAAGCAGGAUCGAACACACAAGCUGUAAUAUCUACCCCAGCCACAGAAUCAGAAUCUCUUUAUUGUAAUUACACAAAGUGCAACGAAAUUGGGGUAGAGGCUCUCAAAAUAAGUGCUUUUAAAACAAAAACUGAAUGAGAAAUUGAGUGUAUUUUUUGAAAAUAAAUUUAGAAUGUUGAACUCAAAAAAAAAUAUAUAUACAUUUUAAAAUAUCAGCCAAUUUAAAAGGUCAGAUUGGUAUGAUAAUGCAGUCAUUUAUAAUUCUGCAUUAUUUAGAGAAAUAACAGCUCUGGGGUAGAAACUGUUUUUAAGCCUAUUUGUUCUUGACCUGAUUGCCCUGUAGCGCCUCCCAGAGGGCAACAGUUCAAACAGGUUAUGGCCUGGGUGGGAUGAGUCUCAGGAUGCUAUGAGCUCUCCUGAGGCAGUGUCUAUUGUACACAUCCUCAAGAGAGAGAAGAGGACAUCCAAUGACUUUUUGUGCCGUUUUUAUGACCCUCUGGAGCGCUUUCCUCUCAGCUGCAGUGCAACUGGCAAACCACAGCGAGAUGCCGUAGCUUAGGACAGUCUCAAUGGUGCAGCGAUAAAAGCUCAUCAGCAUUUUCUCCUGAAGAUUGUUCUUCCUGAGGAUCCUUAGGAAAUACAAUCUCUGUUGGGCCUUUUUCAGAAGCGCCUUGGUGUUUAUUGUCCAGGUCAGGUCCUGCUGAAUGCAUGCCCAGGAACCAAGAAGGCAGCAUCUUUAAGACAGACGCGGAAGCUGAAGCUAAGAGCUAGACCACGCCCUCUUCACAUAAGCCACGCCUACUUGGUCCAUUUUCAGCGACCGGAGCCAGCGGAGGUCAGAGAAUCAUAGGCGCCCCGCAGAGAGCCUCGGGCCUAAGCCCGGGGCUCGAAGUAGCUCACGGUAUUUCUCUCUGCUAGUGUUGGAUACAAUUCCCUCCCUUUUGCUUCAUAGUUACCAUACCGAAAUACUUAAACAAAUAAAGUGAGUUAAAAGCCAC